UCUUGUAGUGAUUGUAUGUAAUGACUUGAAUUUUAUUAAAGAUAAACCCAGGUGUAGCGAAAGAACUGAAGGUACAUCUGAGGAUUAUUUCUCCUGCAAGCAAAGCUCCGGGUUUCUGAUGUCUCCGGGCUACUUCGAUUCAUAUCCUUCCGAUCUGGACCUCUCCUGGGACAUCGCCACCAAACCAUGGACUCAGAUCAGUCUGCACUUCGUCGAACUCGAUGUCAAGUCCUUGGAAGAAGGAUGCAAUGAGGACUACGUGAUCAUCAUGGAUAUGUCAUCUCAACGUUCACUUGGGCGAUUCUGCGAUCAGAAGAAACCCUCUGGAUUAGUUGUGUCGUCAUUGAACCGAAUGGAGAUCAGGUUCCAUUCCGACAGCAUCAGAAGUGGUGAUGGUUUCUUAGCUGAAUACUCGUCAUAUAUUCUUAUUCCUGAUAUGAUCAACAGUACAAGCAGUCUCGGCAGAAGAGAUGAACGUGGAGUUUUCUAUUGGAAUGACGGCACCCCUAUGUCUUACACAGAUUGGUACAAUCCCCCACAAGGAACGGAAGGUGAGAGGCAGCCUAAUGGAGGUUCACUUGAAGCAUGCACAAUGCUAGUCUUCGAUUCAGCCACUUCGACAGAUCGGUCGACCAAUCUGUGGCAUGACGUAGCGUGUGCAUCUCCUGAAACAAAGCAGUUCAUUUGUGAAACAGCAGCAUCCGGAGCACUUGCCUUACCGCCUUGUACUGAAGAUGAGUUUGCAUGUAACAAUGGUCAGUGCAUUCCAGCCAGUAAAAGAUGUGAUUUCAUCAGCCAUUGUCACGAUUCAUCAGAUGAAGAUGGCUGUGUCUUAGAGCUUUCUCAAUCUGCCUUCCAGUGCUACGACGGUUCGCUUUUUCCAAGGCAGGUUCAUUGUGAUGGUGUGAUCGACUGCAUAGGAAAUACGAACGAGGAUGAAUCUGAGUGUGCUUAUAGCACUCCGGGUGACGCCUGCGAUUCGGCUACAGAUAUCACGUGCAAUAACGGAGCAUGCGCGUCACACACAACACGGUGUCUUCAUAAACUAGAUGAAUAUGGCUUCUUCACCGGAUGUCGUGACGUCACACAUCUAAGAGCCUGUGGUAAUUUUGAGUGUCCAGAGUCAUACCUGAAGUGCCCUUCUUCUUACUGCAUCCCCCUCCGAUAUCGAUGCGACGGAAAAAUGGACUGCCCCUCCGGAGAAGAUGAAGCCUUUUGCGAUGAGUAUGAAUGCCCGGAUGGAUCAUAUCGAUGUCAUGGGCAACACUAUUGUAUCGGUCUUGAUCACGUGUGCGAUGACAUCAUACACUGUCCCGAACGAGACGAUGAGGAAUUCUGUGAUCAAUGCCCCCAAGGCUGUGAGUGUGAUGCACUAUCCUACUCCUGCCAUCCGGACCAGGUCGAUUUUAGGCUCCUUCCCCGCCAGCUCAGAAAAUUAUCUGUAAUCUGUGACGAGCUAGAUGGCCCGUGCGAUUCAUCCUUAAGUAUUGUGACGAAUGAUGACGUCACAGAAGGGACUAGUUAUCAACUCAUGCCCCUGUUGAUGCCCUAUUUGAUUUCUUUGUACUUGGAAGCGUCAUUUCUGGAAGAAAUUCAACAAGGUUCAUUUCUGGAAAACAAAAACCUUUUGAAUUUGAAUCUGGCGAGGAACAGUAUUCGCAGUCUUUUUCGAGGUACUUUUGAUGGUCUCCAUCGUAUGAAAACGCUAAACCUUUCAGGAAAUCCACUCACGGUUGUCGAGGCGGGAGCAUUCGGGAAUCUUACCCAUCUUCAAGAAUUGGAUCUUCGUGGGACCGCCAUCACCGUUACAACAGACACGGGACGUGAUAUGUUCCACGGAUUGAAACACCUCAAGAACAUGUUCGUUUUUUAA